UUGUCGUUUUGCCAUUGCAUCUAAAGCCCUCUGCCUUUACAAUUAUCUUGUCAAUGGGUUGAGAAGUUCUUCUCUGAGUUCACUCUGUUCAAUUCGCAGAGUUUCCCUGCGAGGAUCUCAGCCCCUUUACCCAAUUUCCCAUUUGCCAAACAUGGACUUAUCCAUCAAGUUCCACCGUCUAGACCUCCACUCUUCUUUCGUCACCGGUUCGCAUCUGUUUGGUGCCAGUAAAUCUCUUCGACUUCCCCGUUUUAGGCAUAGCUCAAAACCCAUUAAAAACGAUCACAGUUCGCUCAAAAUUGCGUCUCCUUUUGUAUGCAGAAGAGGGAAUUCAAAAAUCACUGCCCAGUUAUCCACCGCCACCGUCGAAACAUCGGUUGCCGAGCCCGAGACCGAUAUUGAGUCCUUGUUUUCGAGCAGUUCUUCUGAUGAAUUCGGCAGGAAAGGUGCACAUAAGCAUUCGCAUACUGGGGCUUCGGGUAUUUCAUCGGGUAUCAAGCUCGAAAACAUAAGCAAGAGCUACAAAGGAGUCACCGUGUUGAAAGAUGUGACUUGGGAAGUGAAAAAAGGUGAGAAAGUAGGACUGGUAGGUGUGAAUGGGGCGGGCAAAACGACCCAGUUGAGAAUUAUUACCGGACAGGAAGAACCUGAUUCUGGGAACGUAAUCAAAGCGAAAUCCAACAUGAAAAUCGCGUUCUUGAGUCAAGAAUUCGAGGUUUCUUUGAGUAGGACUGUUAAGGAGGAGUUCAUGAGUGCGUUUGAAGAAGAAAUGGAGAUUGCUGGGAGGCUGGAGAAGGUGCAAAAGGCGAUAGAGGGAGCUGUGGAGGACUUGGAGCUGAUGGGGAGAUUAUUGGAUGAGUUUGAUUUGUUGCAGAGGAGAGCACAGGCUGUGGACUUGGAUGAAGUUGAUGCCAAGAUCAGUAAGUUGAUGCCCGAACUUGGGUUUGCCCCUGAGGAUUCGGAUAGGUUGGUUGCCUCCUUCAGUAGUGGGUGGCAGAUGAGGAUGUCGCUUGGGAAGAUUUUGCUGCAGGACCCGGAUUUGUUGCUUUUGGAUGAACCCACAAAUCACCUUGACCUUGACACAAUUGAGUGGCUUGAAGGUUAUCUCCAGAAGCAAGACGUGCCGAUGGUCAUCAUAUCUCAUGACAGAGCUUUUCUUGAUCAACUUUGUACAAAAAUUGUGGAGACUGAAAUGGGUGUGGCUAGGACGUAUGAGGGAAAUUAUUCUCAGUUCCUUGUGUCCAAGGCAGCAUGGAUUGAAGCUCAGUAUGCAGCCUGGGAGAAGCAGCAAAAGGAAAUUGAGCAAACCAGGGGCUUAAUAAGCAGGUUGGGUGCAGGAGCAAAUUCUGGCCGUGCUUCUUCUGCUGAGAAGAAACUGGAGAGACUUCGAGAAGAGGAUCAAAUAGAGAAGCCAUUUCAACGCAAACAAAUGAAGAUCUGCUUCCCAGAGCGUGGAAGAAGUGGAAGAACUGUUGUAAUGAUUAAGAAUUUGGAAUUCAGUUAUGAGGAUAAGGUGCUGUUUAAUAGGACUAAUCUUACAAUAGAAAGAGGUGAGAAAAUUGCCAUUAUUGGCCCAAAUGGAUGUGGGAAAAGCACUUUACUGAAGCUGAUAAUGGGCUUAGUGAAGCCGAAAGCAGGUGAAAUUGUACUUGGGGAGCAUAAUGUACUACCCAACUAUUUUGAGCAGAACCAGGCGGAGGCACUUGAUUUAGAUAAAACGGUGCUUCAAACUGUGGAAGAAGUUGCAGAGGACUGGAGAACUGAUGAUAUAAAGGGACUGCUUGGGCGUUGUAAUUUCAAAGCUGAUAUGCUUGAUAGAAAGGUUUCCCUUUUGAGUGGUGGUGAGAAGGCACGUCUAGCAUUUUGCAAAUUCAUGGUGAAACCUUCAACUUUGCUGGUUCUGGAUGAACCAACUAAUCAUUUGGAUAUACCUUCAAAAGAGAUGCUUGAGGAGGCCAUAACAGAAUAUAAGGGUACAAUCAUCACAGUUUCUCAUGACAGAUACUUCAUAAAGCAAAUAGUUAAUAGAGUAAUUGAAGUUAAAGAUGGCCAGCUACAAGAUUAUGCAGGCGAUUACAAUUAUUAUCUGGAGAAAAACCUUGAUGCAAGGGCAAGAGAACUUGAACGUGAGGCAGAGCUCGAGGAAAGAGCUCCCAAAGUGAAGGCCAAAUCAAAGAUGUCAAAGGCUGAGAAGGAAGCUCGGAAGAAACAAAAAAUGCAGGCCUUUCAGGCUGCAAAACAAAAGUCUAAAGGACUGAAGAAUUCCAAGAGAUGGAAAUGAAGAGGGACAUACACUAUAAAUUGAUUUAGUUUCACACAUGAUUGAACUAAUUUUACCAUGUAAAGAGCCUUGGAGGUGAUGAUGUCCAUUUUCACCAACGUACUCGACCAUUGUAAAUAAUAUUUGAUAGAAAUGCAGGUUUUGGUUAAAAGGGUGCCA